AUGUCAACCAUGAGAAACCCCGCCGACUCCAUGGUCUCCAGCUGGCGCAACCAAGACCGCAACCAAUGGACCAUCUGGCACUGGAUGAUUGAACUCCUAGGCCUCCACCUCAUCGACCAAAAAGGCUCAGUCCCCAUCUUCUCCAAGAAAGACAAAAUCCCCGCCGUCCGCGAAUGGUCUCUACACCUCUGGAUCCUCCUCCACGCCGCAAUCCCACUCCUCCUCCACCACGCCUACACAACAUACACAGGCAAGAAUCUAAGUCUCCUCGGCGCCUUCGCCCUCUACUCCACCUCAUUCAAAGUAAACGGCAUCCACGAAAUGCACAUCAUGAGACGCCUAGGCCAAGUCCACGGCUUCCUAGACGGCGACAAGCACCCCCGAGACGACAUCCCAGACGUGGGCGUGGGAAAAGUAAUCCGAGAACUCAUUUCCACAUCUUCAAUCCGCAUCAUCAUGGCCAUCUACCUAACCUAUCAAACGGAUCAAACACCAGCCUCCCUAAACUGGAAAUGGCUUCCCCUCGAAAUAGGCUUGUACAGCAUAACAGUCGACUUCUGGUUCUACUGGUAUCACCGCAUGAUGCACUCAACACCAUCUCUAUGGAAAUUCCACCGCAGACACCAUUUGACCAAACAUCCAAACCCAUUACUCUCAGCAUACGCAGACCACGAGCAGGAAUUCAUGGAUAUAACAGGUAUCCCACUUAUGGCGUAUGCAACGCUCAAGAUACUUGGGUUGCCAAUGGGUUUCUAUGAGUGGUGGGUGUGUUAUCAGUAUAUUGCGUUUUCGGAGUUUAUUGGACACAGUGGGCUGCGGCUUCAUGGUGGUGCACCUUCGACUGUGAAUUGGAUUCUGGAGAUUUUUGAUGCAGAGCUGGUUAUUGAGGAUCAUGAUUUGCAUCAUCGGUAUGGGUGGAGGAAGAGUCAUAAUUAUGGGAAGCAGACCAGGUUGUGGGAUAGGGUUUUUGGGACUUGUUUUGACAGGAUUGAGAGUGUUAAGGGGAAUGUGGAUUACGAGAACCGGGUUACUAUGCCGCUUCUUUGA